AUGGGCCCCUGUACCGCCUCCUCAUGCUGCUGCCAGGCCCGUAAUCUGCCAUGGGCCCCCGUACCGACUCCUCAUGCUGCUGCCAGGCCCGUAAUCUGUCAUGGGCCCCUGUACCGCCUCCUCAUGCUGCUGCCAGGUCCAGAGUGUGUCAUGGGUCCCUGUACGGCCUCCCAUUGCUGCUGUCUCCAUCGCCACACUCUGCCAUGUGCCACUUUCAGGUCUCCUCACACUGCUGGUGGGUUCCAUUUUGUCAUAGGGUGCUGACAGAUUACGGGCCUCCCAUUGCUGCUGCCAGGCCCGUAAUCUGCCAUGGGCCCCCGUACCGACUCCUCAUGCUGCUGCCAGGCCCGUAAUCUGUCAUGGGCCCCUGUACCGCCUCCUCAUGCUGCUGCCAG